UUGGGGCGAAAAGAUGGUCUACUUUUUCAUCUUAUUAAGGGUUUAAAAAUCGUUUGCCUUCCCGUAUUUUGAUACUAGGGUAUCCGAUACAUUUAACCGAGUGAUGUCCUAUCAAUACUGCGUGUCUUUAUCCAAACCUACAGCUAAAAAUUGCAAUUUUGUGUGUCUGUUGGGCUGAAAAUGGCGCCCGUCGGGUUCUGUUAAAACGAAAGGGACCAUCGACGUGUGUGCGUGUAUGUGUCUCUCGUCUCGGUGUGUAUGGUGGUGUGUGUGCUGUUGGGAAUUUUUACGCCAGUCUUCUUGCUGUAAAAUUCUCGUCCCGUGCCAAGGUCACUCCAUCGGUGCCAUGAGGGAACGAGGCGAGCCGGACCCGUGGCCAACCAGUCAGGCCGUCUGGCAGGAAUGGCUGAUAGAGGCAAUUGGCAAAAUAAAAGGUCAAAAACAGAGGCCUUCCGCUGAAAGAAUCUGCCAUGCUGUCCGACAAACGCACACUAAGAGCACGGGUCCUGUUCUUCGUGACGAAGUAAUUGUUGCCCGUCUCAAUCAGGCUGUGGCAGAUGCCAAAAUCCUUAAAGUAUGCAACAAAGGACAGACCUCUUACAAGGAGCCAGGUCAUCAUACAAGGCAAUUGGCACUCAAUAAGAAUACAGAUUUAACCAAGGUGCUGAUCAAAAGUCUUCGCGAAUUGGCCGAAUCUGGCGGGUCCACUUUGCCCACAAUUGAAAAAUAUGUACGUCAAUCGUUUGCCGGAGCAACCGAUGUCAAUUUGUCCAAGUUACUCCGUUUGGCUGCCCAUAAAGCCGUCGCGAAAGGAUUGUUAUCGCAAGACGGUCACUACUACACGGUCACAGCACGCAGAGACGCAGAGACACCGCGUCGGAAACGUCGGUCUUCCUUUGCUUCGUCAACGCCCGUCCCGCCUGGUGGUGACUCAGAUUUUUCGGACGGCGAUUCCGGCCACCCACUGGACGACGAUGAAGAACCAGACGACUUGCAUAAUCGAACACAUAGUUCGAUGCACUCGACGACGCUCUUCUGUUCUGAAUGUCUCGGUACAAGUGAAAAGAACGGUCAGGGUGAGCACGAAAAUCUCAUUUCGUGCUCCGAGUGCGGAUCUUCAGUCCACCCAUCCUGCUUAAAGCGAGCCGGCACAUCGUCUCUCAAGGAAGAGGAAGACUGGCUCUGCUCUGAAUGCAAGAGUUGUAAUAUUUGCGGGGAGCGCGCUGAAAUUGAUCCUCUUUUAAUCUGCAACGUCUGCGAGCAGGGAUUUCAUGCCCAUUGUGUAGAUCCGCCCGUGGAGAAAAGACCAAAAAUAUGGUCAUGCUCCAAUUGUGCCGCACGAAGGAAGAGCAAGUUGGGUACCAAAUCCGCUGAUGUCUCACUCAAGAAAGGACGCAAACGGGUUGAUAGCAGUUCUUCGGAAGAGGCGGCUGAACAUGAAGAAACUGAGGAAAUCGAGAAGAUUCCACCACCACCAGGUGUCACAGUUCGGGAUGUGGAAUUAUUUAAAAAGGUUCAACAAACAACAGCAGAGGCCCUCAAAGUCAGCUCCAUUGGGAAUAAUGAUUCUAGUCUGGGAGGAGCAGCUCGGUGUCCAGCCUCUAUUCAGUUCGGGAAGUAUGACAUUCAAACAUGGUACUCUUCGCCAUACCCUCAAGAAUACGCAAGGCUAUCAAAAUUGUUCCUGUGCGAAUUUUGUCUCAAGUACAUGAAGAGUCGUUCCAUCCUAGAUCGGCACAUGACAAAGUGCUUUUGGCGACAUCCACCUGCCACUGAAAUCUACCGAAAAGACAAUCUUUCCGUCUUUGAGGUGGAUGGCAACGUCAACAAGAUAUACUGUCAAAAUCUUUGUUUAUUGGCGAAGCUCUUUCUCGAUCAUAAAACGCUGUACUAUGACGUUGAGCCUUUCCUCUUUUACGUCUUGACCAUCAACGAUCGCAAGGGGUGCCACUUGAUUGGCUACUUUUCGAAGGAAAAGCUGUGUCAACAAAAGUAUAACGUUUCAUGCAUCAUGACGAUGCCGCAGUACCAGCGACAAGGAUACGGCCGCUUCCUCAUUCAUUUCAGCUACUUGUUGUCUAAACAAGAAGGACAACCGGGCACACCGGAAAAACCUUUGUCUGAUUUGGGAAAAGUGAGCUAUCAUGCUUAUUGGAAGUCUGUUUGUCUGGAUUAUCUUCACGCUAGAAGAACGGAUGGAUCUCUCUGUUUGCAGAAAAUGAGUCAGGAUACAGGAUUGACUCCGUUAGACAUAGCGGAGACCUUGCAACGUAUGGAAAUGCUAAGGAAGAAGCCCGACGGAAAGGUUGUCCUUUGUAUAGAUUGGAGUAUGGUAAAAGCAUACGCCGAUCGCGUUGCUUCUCAGCAAUCGCGUCUUGAAUUGGAUCCGGAAGCGUUGCGCUGGUCACCCUUGGUUGGCAACUCUGUUGUUGGCAGCGAUGAGGAUCAUAGCAUGAUGUCGGACACUGCUGCCGAUACGCCGCAGGAGUCGGAGAACAUUGGUGAAAUCAACAACGAUUCGGUUUCAACUGUCAAGAAGCGCGGCCGUAAACCAGGCAAGAAACCUGUGAAGAAGAAGCAGAUUGAGAAAAAAACGCAUAAAGUUGAACCUCGGUUGAGGGCCCGACCGCAACAACAGCAGCAGCACGACGAACCAGUCGAAGUGGACAAGAAAAUAGAACCUGCUACAAACCGUCGCAAAGUUCUCGUCAUCGAGGAAGACGAGAUUAGCAGUAACGACUGGCUUCGGCCCAGGAAGCGCCGACACGUUGAAACUGUCGAACCUGUUGCAAUUAAGCAAGAACCGGGUGCCAAAACAAGUAGGGCCAGCACAUCAAAAGCGGAAGAGCAGCGGCCAGAGGUGGUUAAGGUAGUGGCAGCAUCUUCGCCUUUACCGGUCGCGUCUCCCCAACUGACAACGACUGUCAAACCCAAGCAACGUGGAAGGCCGAGGAAGUACGCCAGACCUAUCGAAAACACUCCAACAGUAUCUAGCGAGAACAUGGAAGUGAUGCGUGAAGAAGAAUCGCAAUCUGCCUCUAAAGUUCCAUGUCAGUCAGAACAGGAUCAUGCAGUCAGUCCUGUACCACAAUCAGGCGAAGAAGAAGAGCAAAAAGAGAUCGUGUCGGUAGCAGCGAAUCAGUUGAGCGAGCCGGAAGGAAGCCAAAAGUCAGUCGAAUCUCCCGUUCCCGUGUUGGCUGACAAAGAGAUGCCAGAUGUAGCCGAUUCUUCGCCCUCCACCCCUGCCGUCGAAAUGGACAGUUCUCGUAUUACGCCAGUGCCCGAAAAAGAAAACGAAGCCGAAAGUGCAACUGAGUCUUCUCCAUCUCCAUCGUCUUCUUCUUCUGUUGACGAUCAAGCUGUUAGCGGGGCGCAAGAUGCUAAUCCGAUUGACGAGAAGAUGGAAACAGAUCAGCCAUCCAUGUCUCCUCCAAUCGAAGAAGUUGUUCAACAAAUGGAAGAGGAAACCAACGUAACUUCCCCGAAGCCAUCACCGGUGGCUGACCUUCCGACUCCAAAGGCAGAGUCACCAAAAGAGGCUUUGCAGGAAAAGGAGGAAGGUGAAACUGAAGUUAAACAAGAGUCCGAAUCACAGUUCGAAAGAGAUGCUGAAAAGAAAUCUGAAGUAGAACCGGAACGGGAACCUGAGAGACAGCUGGGAAAGGAAGACGUGCCGGAGGAGGAAACCGUCAAGGAGCCUGAACGGACAGAAGCUGAGGAAGUGAAAGCAACAACGUUGACACCCGUCGUUGUACCGCAGCCACCGCAGGAGAAACGGGAGGAAAUUUUGGAGCAACGUUCGCCGGCCAACUACCUUGUUGGGCCAGUCAACGCUCCAACGACUCCAAGCUCCUGUCAGCAGGUUCCUCCCGUUACUGUCUCGGUCCCGCUGAUGAGCGGCCGUAAUGGUUCAUCGUGUGCUCUGAUCAGUUCGCCAAGCCUUGGAGUCUACACGCCGGAAUCGAGCACUGGAUCUGUCCAAUCGAUUCAUGGCAUGACAGGCAGUGAAGAAGUAAUUUCAGCUAGUUGCGUCGAAUCGCCUCGUUCUUUACCAAGUCAAGAACUGCCACCUACUCCGACUCCGCAUGUUUCUCAAUACAGCAGUGAUUGUAGCCAGCAAGCAAUCACAUCAUCAACAACAACAACAUCUUCAACAGUCAAUGGUUUCCCCCCAGUUGCUUCACCAACAGCAGUCAGCAAUGCAACAACAGUUUCAUCAAUCUCACCAACAUUUGCAUGGCCAGCUUCUACAACAGCAGCAUCAGCAGUUACAGCAACACCAGCAACAACAGCAGCAGCAGCAACAGCAGCAGCAGCAACAACAACAGCAGCAGCAGCAGCAGCAACAACAACAACAGCAGCAGCAGCAGCAGCAUCAGCAGCAGCACCAGCAGCAAGCAGCAGCAGCAACAACAACAGCAGCAUCAGCAGCACCAUCAGCAGCAACAACAGCGGACUCACCAUCGGAGCCGGUCUCAUCCACAUCAACAUAUGUCCUCUCCUCAGCAACUACAACCUCAACAAACUAAACCACAACAACAUAUGGCUAUGCAUCAUGCCCCGUCACCUCAGCCACAGCAUCAUCACCAACAACAACACCAGCAACAACAGCAGCAGCAUUUGAUCCAUCAUCAGCAGCAUCAACACCAACAGCAGCAGCAGCAACAACAACAACAGCAGCAGCAGCAACAACAGCAACAGCAACAGCAGCAACAUGCCAUGUUUCAGUCAGGAUUUUCGGCCAUGGGGCCAGGGGGUUAUGGAUUUCCCAGUCA